AUGCUCUGCUCGAAUUGCAACAAUAUCGAUAUUACGUCGCUUACGCGGAUGCCAAAAGGGUCCGUACUCUUUCCAUAUGAUGCAAAAAUGAAUAUGAACCUUCCAGGAGGAGGCCUCUACGAGCUUAAGCACGCUGGCGCCCGUCUAGGGUGGUUUCAUUCCCGGUACAAAGAUAUUUACGACAAUGCGGAAUCCCACGGCUGUCCUCUUUGCAAACUAAUGCUAAAGGCCUGCCAGCAGUUCCGCAACAAUCUCUCCUCCGACGACAGCUAUCGAUCGCAAUACAAACACAAGCUCAAUGAUUUCAAAGUAUACCUGGCGUUGAGUGAUAAGUACAGCCAGGCAUUUACCUACUGGACCGACUCCGACUUGGACGAAUAUGCGUUUUUGAUCGGGGAAAUCGGUCUCGUCACUCGUCCUGAGGACCAUGAUCCGCUUCAUAAAACGAUUUGGGGCCGUCCGAUCUCACCAGACCCCAAAAAGCUGCUUCCCUGGAUUCACAAAGUGGUGGAUAAGCACGACAGUGACCACGACGAUAAUAAGGCCGUUGACGACGCGAUAUCUGGACAGCACACCCUUCCCCCGCGAGUGAUCUAUGUCGGAGGUGGAAUGAACAAGAUCCACUUGCAGGAACCAUCAUCGAGCCAAAAAGCCAAGUACAUUACUCUCAGCUAUCGCUGGCCCGAGCAAAGGAUUACCAGCGAUCAGCAUGCAGCGUUGGGUGCGACUCUCACGUCCAACAUCGCUGGCAGGCGCGCCAUAGGGGGUCUUCCUUGGUCAUCUCUACAUCCAACCUACCAGGAUGUCGUCGAAAUUGCAAGAGACCUGCAUAUAGAUUAUGUCUGGAUCGAUGCGCUCUGUAUCAUCCAAAACGACAGGGCGGAUAAAAAGCAGCAGCUACGCAAGAUGGGCGACAUCUACAAGAACUCGUACCUGACAGUCUGCGCAUCGGAUGGCCUCCGGCCCUUUACAGCUCGGGACGGAACCAGCCGGCCCAGCGUGCCAGAAUACCAUCGAUUUCAGAUGACCAUCGGCGAUGAUACCGGCCACCCAGAAGCCUUCGAAGUGCCCUACCACGACGUGAUCGCAGGAAACCAGGUACAAAACUUCAGCGACGAGGUCGUCAGUAGUCGUGGCUGGACAUUCCAAGAGCGAGUCCUCAGCCCCCGGACGCUGUUCUUCGGAAAGACCCAAGUGUACUUCGAAUGCUCCGAUUAUUGUAUCGGCGAGGACGGCUUCCUGCGACCCGGGCGCCAGCUCAAAGCCGAUGACAUCCCCAGUGGUGUUACUUUCCGCGAAUACUGGUGGAGCCUAGUGGGCAUCUACUGUACGCGAGAGCUCGGCGUCGAUUCGGAUAAACUGGUGGCCAUUGGAGGUCUCGCCAAGGCUCUCAAUGACAACUACAGCGUCAGUGGACGGGGAUACGUCGCGGGCCUGUGGACGGGGCCACACUUCCUGGGCGAUCUUCUGUGGAGUGUUACCGGGGACCAGGAUGACAAGCGGGACUGGGAUACCAGAACGUAUCGUGCCCCCUCGUGGUCGUGGGCCGCUGUCGAUGGACAGGUGUCCCCUCCGGUGCACGAUUACCGGCACUGCGAUGAUGUUGCCAGCCUUGUUAACGGACCAUCCGUUUCCCUAGACGACCCAGGAAACAGCUAUGGCAAGAUAACUGGGGGCCAUGUGACUAUAUCUGGACCUAGGAUUAAGGCUCGCGUGUUUCAAAAGCUGGACCCAGUCCGUCUGAGCGAUGGCACCAAGGGUGUGGGCGACCAGUAUAAGCUGGUUACCUCUGCCGGGACGGUCCUCUCCCGCGGAGCGUUUAUAGACUAUAAUGUCUUUAUGGACGAGUUGAGGGACUGGGACCUGUCCGUGUUAGUUAUCGGCAAGGUGACGGUCGAUGGCGAGCGCACCUAUCCAGCUUUAAUUCUGAUGCAGGAUGCUGACGGAAAAACACGGCGGGUCGGGACGGUGGAGAUUACGCGCAGUGACCUGGGACAUCAGAGUCUAGAUGACUGUCCUGAGGUCAAGUAUCGGCAGUACCAGAUAGUAUGA